CAGGUCAGGCUGAAACUUCAGCCAGCUGGCCCUGAGAAGCAUAUGUUGAUCAGCUUUCAAUGCAUGAUGGCGCCUCACUGCGUUGGCUGGCAUGGAAAUUGGAAACGAGCGGCUGAAUGAUCCUUGUGGUUCAAGGUGCAGCAGGGCCUCCAGCCCCAAGAGGACCCCCAGAAUUGGAGUCUCUCAAAGAUUAGUUUAGCAGAAGACUUCCAGAGUUGUGCUGAAGCAUGGCGCAGCUGAUGUAAGCUCACUGCAGUGCAUGCCAGGUCAUGACGGCUGUGAUUACUGAUUUUAUGCAGAUGAGGUGCUGACGAAAGUGCUCAGAUGCUGGUGCACGUCUACACAAACUGUGCAAAAGAACUCUGGGGACUGGAUUGCUUGUUGCAGACUGGAGCACAGUAAAUCUGGCCUUGCAAGAUUGAACAACAGCCAUGAAUGCUUCCCAGCUCUGGGCCGCCUUCUGCUCCGAGUCCCCCUCCCUGGCAGCCAACCACCUCCUCACUUCUCCAGUACUCCCUUUGGCCCCACGCACCCCGCCACCUCUAGUUCCUUUUGGCGCAUUCCACCAUCCAACCAGCACCGUCACAUAUUACAGCUCUGGAACCAUAGGGGGGGCGAGCUUUUAUCCUGUUCUGGGGGGUCUAGAGAGCCUGACAGAGGGUCAGAGACACGUAACCGUGAGUGCAGCGGCAAAUGGCACCGCGGCAAUUGCAAGCGUCGUGGGGGGGUACAAUGAGCAGUGGGAUGACAGGGGGGGCGCUGUUUGUGGACAACGUGGGUGUCAACCGGCAGAUACUCUGUCCUCCCCCUCUUCCUCCGACUGGCUCGCCGCCCUCGUACGAUCUCACUGCGCGCAGCACGCACUUGUCGUUCUCAUGCACGUCUUCUUCUUCACGCUCGUCCUCAUCUACCGGACGCUCCGCAAGUGCUGCUUCCGGAGAGUGGAGUCGCUGCCGUACAUGAACCAAAUCUCGGGGCGGUGGGAGUACACCGGGAGGUCAAUGACCAGUUGGCGGAGUGGCAUCUCCCUCGUUCCGGUUCCCAACUACAGCACCCGCUACUGGCUCGCGCUCAUUUUGACGUCACUCGGCGCCGCGGCUUACCUCAUAAUGACGUCAUGGCGGCUUCUCUUGGCCUGGAAGGGCGGCUUCGAGCACCCUCACUGGGGGAACGUUCCCGUUCACGAAGCGGCGUUUGUCGGGGCGCAAUGCAUCGCGUUUUUCCAGAUGGCUGGGGCGGUAAACCGUGAGCGGCAGCGAGGGGCUUUCUUCCACUCGCCUCCGAUGAGGGCCUGGUGGAUCGCCAACUUCCUAGUCAGCCUCUUUCUCGCCUUCCUUGCCGCUGAUCGCAUUGUCGAGCACAACUUUCACCCCGGGUCGUACCAUGCCGUGGACGACUGCUUCAACGUGGCCACUCUACCGGUCACUCUCUGCCUGGCGGUCAUUGCUUAUUCAGGAAGGACAGGUAUCUCAGUGGCCCUCGAGUCCUCCGACCACUUCCGGGAGCAGCUCCUCGACGACGACCUGGAGGACGGAACCGGAGCCAACGGAACCGGACCGGAACCGGAACCAACCUCAAAAGACCCGGGAGUCAGCCAGUUCCGAAAGGCGGGUCUAUGGAGCACGCUGACAUUUGCGUGGCUGAAUCCGUUGCUGGUGCUUGGACGGCAGCGACCGCUUGAAGUCGACGAUAUACCCAAGUUGUCGUGGGAGGACCGUUCUGACGGGUGCUACCAGCGUUUCAAGCUGUGUUGGGACAACCAGAAGGCCGAGCAACCGGGGCAAAAGCCGGGGGUUCUGAAGGCCCUGUUCGCCGGAUUCUGGUCGGUGCUGGUCAGCAGCGCGGCACUGUCGCUCAUCAAGACGGCGGUCAUGUAUGCGGGACCAGUGUUGCUAAACCGAUUGGUGGAGUACACGGCUGGCGUGAGGCAUUUUGAAGGCGAGGGCUACGUUCUGGUCGCCGUCCUCUUCGCGUGCAAGUUUCUCGAGACGAUUACGGAGCACCAGUACAACUUCUACUGCGCGCGGUUAGGCAUGUACGUCAAGUCUGCGCUGACCGCAGCUGUCUACAGGAAGGGUUUGCGCUUAUCUUCCAAGGCGCGGCAGAGCCACACGGCUGGCGAGAUCAUCAACUACAUGGCGACGGACGCUCCCCGACUGUCUGACACGAGUUACAUGCUCAACGACGUCUGGAACCUGCCGCUCCAGGUGGCGAUUGCUUUGGUGAUCCUUUUCCAGGUUGUCGGGCUUUCGAUGCUGGCCGGCCUCGCAACAAUGGUCUUCAUCAUGACGCUCAACUUCAUCAUUGCGCGCUGGCAGCGGAAGCUUCAGAAAGCUUUGAUGGAAGCGAAAGAUAAGCGGAUGAAAGCCACCACGGAGAGUCUGAACAACAUGAAGAUCAUCAAGCUGCACGCGUGGGAGGGCAAAUACAGAGAAAAGAUAGAAGAGCUGAGGGGCCAAGAAUUCGCCCAGCUCAGCCUCUACAUGUACCUGAGCGCGGGCAACAUCUUUCUGCUGUGGCUGUCCCCCCUUGCGGUUUCCGUCCUCACCUUCACGGCGUGCGUCUUUGCGGGGACGCCUCUUACCGUCGCCCGAGUCUUCACCGCCAUAGCUACUUUUAGGAUACUUCAAGAGCCGCUGCGGUCAUUCCCAACGUUGGUCACAUACAUCGUCCAAGCGCUGGUUUCCGUCGACCGCCUCAACAAAUACCUCAACGACGAGGAGCUCCAGUCCGACGCCGUCACGUACCGUCCACUCACAAACGGCCACGUGGCGCCCCCAGAGGCCCCCGUAAUCUCAAUCAAGAACGGCACGUUCAAGUGGAAUACAAAUAGCGUGGAAGAACGGCCGACGCUGAAGGACGUGAAUCUGGAGAUCACCGCGGGAUCGCUUGUAGCCGUUGUUGGAAGCGUGGGGAGCGGGAAGUCGAGCUUGCUGUCGUGCAUACUGGGGGAGGUGCCAAAAUUAGGUGGCGAGGUGACGGUACGUGGCAGCAUCGCUUACGUCAGCCAGACGGCCUGGAUCCAGAACGCGUCCAUCAAAGACAACAUCCUGUUCGGACGUCCGUUCGACCCGGAGCGCUACGAAACGGUCGUCAAAGUGUCCGCACUGGAGAAGGACUUGGCGCUCAUGUCGCACGGCGAUGAAACCGAGAUUGGCGAGCGGGGCAUCAACCUCUCCGGCGGCCAGAAGCAGCGCAUUCAAAUUGCACGUGCCGUCUACCAUGACGCAGACACGUACUUGCUGGACGAUCCGUUCAGCGCCGUGGACGCCCACACCGGAACGGAACUCUUCACGGAAUGCAUUGCCGGAGCUCUGGGGCAGAAAACAGUGGUGCUGGUCACCCAUCAGGUCGAGUUUCUACCAGCGGCCGAUCUGAUCGUGGUGGUCAAGGACGGGGUUAUUGCCGAAAGCGGCAGUUACGAGGCGUUGAUUGCCAAGGGGACGGACUUGACGGAGUUGGUUGCGGCGCACCACUCCGCAAUGGGGGCCACCGGAGAGGAGCGAAACGAGGGGGGUGCGGUGGAAAGUACAACAGCCGAAACGGAUGACGUGUUGUCGGAGGACAUGUCGGACGCUCUCCCCGACGCCCUUCUUCCGGAAAGUCCGGUCCACGUGAGUUUGGAGCGGCGGAAGAGCUACACCCUGGAACGACCGCUGCUACGGAACGAGAGUGGGGGCAAACCUCAGAGCCCCAGAAAACCAGGGCCGUUUAAAGCAACGCAAGCGCAGAGGAAGGCUGCCGCACAAUUGGUUCAAGAAGAGGAGAAAGAGACUGGACGGGUGGAUCCCGGCGUGUACAUAGCGUACGCCACCAAGGUCCUCCGAGGAGCGCACGUGCCGGCCCUUAUACUUAUACAGAUCGCCUGGCAAGGCCUCCAGAUUUCCAGCGACUGGUGGCUGGCCCACUCGACGUCGGAAGAGAGCACGACAAACCCUCGGCACUUCAUCGGAGUCUACGCUCUGUUGGCAAUGUCCAGCGGAAUCUUUGUUUUGUUCCGGUCCACGUUGAUUGCCUUUUCGGGGCUUGCGACCGCAAAGGCGUUUUUUGACAGCAUGCUGCACGCGGUUUUCAGGGCGCCAAUGGCGUUCUUCGACUCCACGCCCUCGGGCCGCAUCUUGAACAGGUCCUCAAACGAUCAGGGCGUGCUCGACUCGGAGCUCCCGUUUCGCUGCGGAAGCACGCUCGCGCUCGGUUUCCAACUCUUCGGCGUUAUGGCCGUGGUUUGUGCUGUUACGCCGAGCUUACUUCUGGUCGUGCUACCGCUGGCGUUCAUCUACAUACAACUAGGGAACUACUUUUUGCACACGUCUCGGGAGCUUACCCGCAUCGAUUCCGUGACCAAGUCUCCGGUCAUUCACCACUUUUCAGAGAGCAUCAACGGCGCGAUGACAAUUCGGGCUUUCAAUCAGGAGGAACGGUUUGCACGCACUAACCUGACGAAACUGGACAACAACCUGAAGAACUACUUCCACUUCUGGGGCACCAACGAGUGGCUGGGCGUUCGACUCGAGAUGAUUGGAACCGUUGUUCUUUCCGCUGGGGCGUUUUUCCUGGUUGUUCUGCCCAGCACGCGAGUUGACGCAGGGCUGGUGGGCUUGUCCCUUUCGUACGGGCUCUCCCUCAACAACUGCAUCUUCUGGGCCGUUCUGCUGUUCUGCACUCUGGAGAACAAGAUGGUGUCCGUCGAAAGAAUACAGCAAUACACAAAGCUCGAGAGCGAGGCGCCUGCCGUUGUCGAUGUGAAUCGGCCCCCCAAGGACUGGCCCCGAGCUGGGUCCAUCCAGUUCCACGACUUGGAGGUCCGCUACCGACCGGACCUUCCGCCCGUCUUACACUCCAUAAACCUGGCCAUCGAAGCGGGCGAAAAGAUCGGCAUAGUCGGCCGGACCGGAAGUGGGAAGUCGACCCUCAUAACCGCGUUGUUCCGGUUAGUGGAACCGUCCCGCGGGAACAUAGUGAUCGACGGGGUUAACGUGCUGAGAAUCGGGUUAGCGGACCUCCGGUCAAGGAUUGGUAUCAUCCCCCAAGACCCGGUUCUAUUUGCGGGCACCGUACGGUCCAACAUGGACCCCUUGGGCGAGCAUUCGGACGUCCGGAUCUGGGAGGCGCUCGAGAAGAGCGCGCUAACCGCGCCGGUUAGGGAGAAAGGGAAGGGGUUAGACGCGGAUGUUGGGGAAAACGGCGAGAAUUGGUCGGUUGGUCAGCGGCAGUUGUUCUGCCUUGGGCGCGCACUUCUGAAGUCGGUCCGGAUUCUUUGUUUGGACGAGGCGACUGCGUCGGUUGACACGGCGACGGACGCGCUCAUACAAAGAACGAUUUGGCGCGAGUUCGAACACUGUACGGUGCUGAGCGUGGCGCACAGGAUUCCUACCGUGAUCGAUAGCGAUCGAGUUUUGGUGAUGGAGGCCGGACUUGUGCGCGAGUUUGACUCGCCGACCCGGCUCCUCGAAGACAAAACAUCUCUGUUCUCAAAACUGGUACAAGAGUACUCAUCGCGAUCCUCAAGCGUUGCAAACCUGGCAGCUUUGCAAAGGAGAAUCUCGUCAAGAGGCAAUCUCAUCGACCUGUAACAUAAGUAGAGUCAUCAAGUGAGUAUCGCUACACAUAAACCAGUUCGUUGUAUCAUGGUGUAUUCUAUGCGGCAACCAUUGUCCGGGCAUCUACUUAUGUGCCCGUGAGAUCGUAUUGACCCGUCAGAUCCAAGGACCUCAUCGUACCGCACAGACUCGUGGACUGGCCACGUCCUGUGGUACAAGUCGCCCUGGUUGAAAGCUUACCCGACUCGAAUCAAUGAGUUGGCAGCCGUGGGCUUAGCUCUUUGGCGAUAUUCCGAUAGUGUCACACAAGCCAUGAUAACAAGGUCGAUUAUAAGUUUGAGAGCGUCAGACAAAUAAGAACGUAAAUUACUCAAAGCAUAAAUAUGCAAAGACUGGCCGGCGCGCAUUUCAGUGUACGUUGUCAACGUGCUCGAGGCCUCAGUGGUGC